CGAGGGGCAGCGGGUGUAUCCAGUCCUCUGACCGCCUUAGGCGGUGUCUGCGGUGUGCGCCGCUCGCCCGCCCGCCCGCCAGCCCGCCCGCCCGCCCGCGGCUCCAGAGUCCUCGCCUCGGCCUCCCUCCUCCGUCCGCGGGGCUGUCCCAGGCUCCGCGAGCCACCCCCGGACCUUGCGCCCGCGAGCGUUCUCGGCGCCCGACGGGGCCGCCUCGGGACAUGGUGCCGUCCCAGGAGGAGCCCGCCGCCGAGCGGGAGACGAACGAGGCGCAGCCGCCCGGGCCCGCGCCCUCGGAUGACGCUCCGCUGCCCGUCCCGGGACUCUCGGAUGUCUCCGACGUGGCCGCGGAGAAAGUGGAGGUGGAGCUGACGAGGUCAACGGGCCCCGAGCCCCCCGUUCCCCCCGAGGGCGGCUGGGGCUGGCUGGUGAUGCUGGCGGCCAUGUGGUGCAACGGGUCGGUGUUUGGCAUCCAGAACGCCUACGGGGUACUCUUCGUGUCCAUGCUGGACACCUUCAAGGCCAAGGACGAUGACAACAUGGCCUUCAAGACAGCAUGGGUGGGCUCGCUGUCGAUGGGCAUGAUCUUCUUCUGCUGCCCCAUAGUGAGUGUCUUCACAGACAUGUUUGGCUGCCGGAGAACAGCUGUUGUGGGGGCAGCUGUGGGAUUCAUUGGACUCAUGUCCAGUUCUUUUGUAAGCUCCAUCGAGCCUCUGUACCUCACCUAUGGAAUCAUAUUUGCCUGUGGCUGCUCCUUUGCCUACCAGCCGUCACUGGUCAUUUUGGGACACUACUUCAAGAAGCGCCUUGGACUAGUCAACGGCAUCGUCACAGCCGGCAGCAGCGUCUUCACAAUUCUGCUCCCUUUGCUGUUAGGGAAUCUAGUCAACAGUGUGGGCCUCUCUAACACACUGCGAAUCCUCUGCAUCUUCAUGUUUGUUCUCUUUCUGGCUGGCUUUACUUACCGACCUCUUGUUCCCAGCACCAAAGAGAAAGAGAGUGGGGUCAGCAGAAGCUCAUUCUUCUCCAGGAGAAAGCUUAGUCCUCCAAAAAAAGUCUUCAACUUUGCCCUCUUCAAGGAGACAGCCUAUGCAGUGUGGGCUGCUGGGAUACCACUUGCACUCUUUGGAUACUUUGUGCCUUAUGUUCACUUGAUGAACCAUGUAAAGGAAAGGUUUCAAGAUGUAAACAACAAAGAGGUGCUUUUCAUGUGCAUUGGCAUCACUUCAGGAGUUGGACGGCUUCUCUUUGGCCGCAUUGCAGACUAUUUGCCUGGUGUGAAGAAGGUCUACCUGCAGGUCCUCUCCUUCUUCUUCAUUGGCCUGAUGUCCAUGAUGAUCCCCCUGUGCAGCGUCUUCGGAGCCCUCAUUGCCGUCUGCCUCGUCAUGGGUCUCUUCGAUGGAUGCUUCAUUUCUAUCAUGGCGCCCAUUGCCUUUGAACUAGUUGGUCCUCAGGAUGCUUCCCAAGCAAUUGGAUUUCUACUUGGAUUCAUGUCUAUACCCAUGACUGUAGGUCCUCCUAUUGCAGGGUUACUUCAUGACAAGCUGGGCACCUACGACGUGGCCUUUUACCUUGCUGGAAUCCCUCCCUUUGUUGGGGGUGUUGUGCUCUGUUUAAUCCCGUGGAUCCAUGGCAAGAAGCAAAGAGAGAUGAGUAAAAGCACUGGAGGGGAGAAGAUGGAGAAGAUGCUGGAGAACCAGAACGCCCUACUGUCAGGCUCCUCCGGAAGCUUCAAAAAGGACUCCGACUCUGUUAUUUAAUGCCAUACAUGCCUCCACCUGACUGGACUUGCUUUUGAAUUUUAAGCCAGUUUUCCUUUUAUAUGAAUUGCAGAUUUCUUAUUUUUUUAAUCAUCCUUGGAAUAGCACAAAUGGGACAUGAGCCCUUUAUUGUGACAAGAGCCAUCUCUCUCCCAAGCAGCUUUGGUAUUCCCACGAGUAAGGGGGUGACUGUCACAGGCAA